AUGAGUGACCCGAGUUUAGUAACUGAAGAUCCCAACUUUGCCUCCGUUAAAUCAGAGACUGCUGAUUCUCAACCACCGAAUUACAAGUCGAUCCAUAGUUACCAACCAGAGACACAGAAUGAUCGUUCAUUGGUCAACGGUAAAAAUCACUCUGAAGAACGUCAAAUCGCCCCAAUCAAAACGUCAAUUGUACAAGCCUUACGUAGUGGAGCGAUGACGAUGGAUGCUUACCUAAAUAACAAGGCUCUACUUAAGCGAAAUCUACAAGAGGUAGAGCAGGAUGAAACUGAUGAUCUUAAUAAUAUUAAUGAGGCUGAUGCUGAUGAUACUGAAAAAAAGUCAACGAAUCCUCAUACAAAGCCACCUUACACUUAUUCUUCGCUCAUCGGUCAAGCUAUCCUUCAAGCCCCAAAUAAAAAGUUAGCCCUUUGUGAAAUCUAUAAUUGGAUCACGAAAACUUAUCCAUUCUUCAGGAAAGAAAAUAAAGGUUGGCAGAAAAUCGAGCGGAAUGAUAACAUUGGUCCUAGCAAGGGACAAUACUGGACAAUUCCUGAUGAAUAUGAGUGCUGUUUUCUAAAUGGCGUUUACAGGAACAUCAAAAAACCGUCAGAAAAUGUCAGAAAAUCAAAAAAAGCAAAACAUAACGUGCAAGACACUCAAUCCUCAAAUGAUUUUGUGUAUCUGCACAAUGUACCUCAACGCUUCGGAUCUCAGCAACAAUUUUCAUCUCAAUACAUUGCACCGCAACACGAUACGUCACCACAAGUCGCAUCUCAGAACACUCCCAUGACACAAAGUUUUAAUAUAGCUCAAAAUACAGAGUCUCAGAACAAUAUUGUUCAACGUAACACAGUUCACCGUUUUGCACCUCAUUAUAAUUCAACUCAGCGCUUCUCACCUCACAGCAAUGCGCCUGCAAUCUUUCCGCAUGUUCGACCUCCAUCUCCUAAUCCGUGGACUGCUCAAAAUGCUCUUCAAUCGUCCAGCGCAUCAGUUUUAACUUCUCAAGACGAACAGUUGAGUUCAGAUACGACCAUAAUGUCAGAUGACCUUGAUUUAACAAUCACGGAUGGAUAUCAAUCGAACGAAUUAACAAAACAAGUUUCAUGGAUUAAAAAGGAAGAGGAACAGAUUAUCGCUUUUGAUACUACUUACGGUAGAUGCAAGACGAAGGAAAGCAUCCAAACUCAUCAGGUCAUGAAUGGUAACAUAAUUCAAGAUUCUAACAACAACGGUAAUAAUCAAACAGAUGGAGAUAAGUCAGACUAUCAAAAGAUCAUAGAUUGGCUUGCGCAAAUGCCGGAUUUUGAUGAGUUAUCACUCCAACUUGAGGCCUCUCCAAGGAAAUCCAAAUCUGGAACGGACAGGAUGGUAUUUAUCAAUAUGCAUAAUGAAAGACGUUCAUAG